AUGUCAACCAGCCGUCGAGGAGGCCCCUCAUUGUCUUGCACAGCUCAGAUACAAAAUAUUCUGGAUGAGGAUCUCAAAACAAAUGUUUCGUAUUUUCCAAGUGAAAUCCUGGUUCCAGAACUUGAGGCAAAUGAAACCAAACUCAAAGUUUGUGCCAUUGAUGAUUAUUAUGGUAUAGUGGGCAUCAAUCAGAAGGACUUUCCUACAAAACUGCAAUCUCGAGUUGAAAAACCUCCAUUUCUGUUCCAUUUGAUUCCACCGGAACGAGAGGAAACAAGCAUGCAAGUCAGAGGGAGACGAAGCGCCCAGCUUAAGAGGGAUAGACCAACCAGGCGCUUGUCUACUGUCUCCAUGGAAAACUCAAAACUUCAUGUAGCAAUACUAUCAAGCCCAGGUAUGGGCCACCUCAUACCGGUCCUCAACUUGGGCAACCGACUCCUUAGCCACCACAACGUUGACAUCACCAUCCUCCUGCCUGCAACUAAUUCAUCACCAGCAGAAUCUAAAGUUCUCAAACCAUUAACUGACCGGAAUCAACUCAACAUAAUCGAAAUCCCUCCGGUAGACAUCUCUAGCCUAGUGAACCCCAAGACCACAAUUGUCACACAGCUCUGCAUCAUGAUGCGAGCGGUUCUUCCUGGCCUCCGGUCCACAAUCGCCGCCAUGAAUCCUCGCCCCGAUGUCCUCAUCGUCGAUCUGUUUGGAACUGAGGCGUUGCCGGUCGCCGACGAGUUUGACAUGCCCAAGUACGUAUAUAUUGCUUCAACUGCAUGGUUUACAGCUCUAACUACGUACUGUCCAGUUCUUGAUGAGAAGAUAGAAGGUCAGUACGUUGAUCAAAGAACGCCGCUGAAAAUUCCGGGUUGCAAGCCGGUUCGACCGGAAGAUGUGGUUGAUCCCAUGCUGGAUCGGAACGACGAACAGUACCGUGAGUACCUACGGCUAGGGAUCGAGUUCAGGCUGUCUGAUGGGAUUUUGUUGAACACGUGGGAAGAUCUGGAGCCUAUAUCACUCAAAGCUCUGAGAGAAAAUGGAAUCUUGCGGGCAGUAGUGAAGGUACCGGUUUACGACAUCGGUCCUCUAAGAAGACCGGCUGAACCUGCCGGUUCAAAGAGUCGGCUGAUUGAGUGGCUUGACGUGCAACCAAGUGAGUCAGUGAUCUACAUAUCCUUUGGGAGUGGAGGGACAUUGUCCGCUCAGCAGAUCAAUGAGUUGGCUUGGGGGUUGGAAAUGAGCCAGCAGAGGUUUGUUUGGGUGGUGCGUCCACCCACCGAGGGUGGUGCCGAUGGGUCAUUUUUCACCGUAGGGAACGGUUCUGAUGGCACCCUGGACUACUUACCAGAUGGGUUCUUGACUAGGACCCACAGCGUUGGACUGUUGAUCCCACAGUGGGGCCCACAGGUGGAAAUCUUGAGUCAUCAAUCAAUUGGAGGAUUUUUAUCACACUGUGGCUGGAACUCCACCUUGGAGAGCAUAGCUAGUGGCAUCCCAAUGAUUGCAUGGCCGCUCUACGCUGAGCAAAGAUUGAACGCCACCAUGCUGACGGAGGAGCUGGGCGUCGCCGUCCGGCCAGAAGUGUUGCCAACGAAGAAAGUAGUGGGAAGGGAAGAGAUAGAGAAGAUGGUGAGGACCUUAAUGCAGUACACAGAAGGGAAGGCAAUGAGGGAUAGAGUCAAAGAACUGAAACACAGUGCAGAGAAGGCUUUGAGCAAUGAAGGUUCUUCUUACAAAUCAAUGGCCGUGGUCCUUGAGGAUUGCCAGAGGAGAGUACAAUCUCAUAAAAAAGAGUGA